UCCUCGAUAACACACAAAUGCAAAUUCUCAAAAUCAAUACCUCUUUCAGAAUUUGGACGAGCGAAAUUGCUAGAUUUCUUCGAUCUUCUCCAGCGAUUUGAAGUUUAUAGCGACUAUGUAUCAUCCUUCCAGAGGUGGUGUGCGUGGUGGUCGAGAUCAAUUCAACUGGGAUGAUGUGAAGGUUGAUAAAUAUAGAGAAAACUAUAUUGGUCACAGUCUCAAGGCUCCUGUAGGAAGAUGGCAGAAAGGAAAGGAUCUACACUGGUAUUCUAGAGAUAAAAAGUCAAAACAAGCAGACAUGGAAGCUGCUAAAGAAGAGAUAAGAAGGAUCAAGGAAGAAGAAGAGCAGGCUAUGAGGGAGGCUUUAGGUUUAGCUCCAAAGCGUUCUUCAAAACCUCAAACUAAUAGACUUGAUAAACAUGAAUUUUCUGAACUUGUGAAGAGAGGGUCUACUGCUGAAGAUUUGGGAGCAGGUCAUGCUGAGGCUGCUCAUGUUCAAGGUCUUGGUUUUGCCAAGGCACCUAAAGCAUGGGAAGAGUCAAGUUCUUUGCAGCCUGUGGUGACAAUGGAGGCACCCAAAAAUGUAAAUGUAAAUGCAAAUGUGUCUGAAACCCCAUCUGCAAAUAAAGAUUCAAAGGAAGAUUCUGAAGAUGAGAGCAGCAAGAAGAAAAGAAGACGUGAAGAAAAGAAAAAAGAAAAGCAUGAAAGAAGAGAAGAAAGGAAACAUGAAAAGUAUGAAAAGAGAGAUGAGAGGAAACAUGAGAGGAGAGAGAAAAGACGUGGUGAUGAUGAUGAUGAUGACAGGAGACACAAGAGAGACAAGGGGAAGAGACGCCAUGAUUGUGAUUAAUUUUGGUUUGUGAAUCAUAUCACUUCUCUCUUGAUGAUUAUCCACAUCUAUGUUUGUCAUAUUUGCUAUGAAACGCUUUGUUUAUUGAGAUUUGAUCUUAAAAGUGUAUCUUUUUUGUAGGACUGAAGUAUUGAACCAAGUACUUUACUAUC